AUGGUUUUCGGGCCUUUACCCCCAGAAUUGCUGCUGGAAGUCAUCUCCCACCUCCCGCAAACCUAUUCGUCAUACGAGUCUCAUGCAUUUGGCACUCCCCGACUAGUUUUUACGCGUGAGGAUGCUCUCCGCGUACUCUGCAGCACAUCCCACCGACUGCGACUGUGUUGCUUUCCCUCUCUUUGGGAACGGUUUUACGCCGAACCACUGGCCUGUACAGGGGCCAUGAUGUUGACAUCUCACGCGGUUAAUACCCCUCUUCGUCGUCUGCGGCGGUUACUUCUUGCCCCCCACCUCUGGCCCCACAUCCGCUUUCUUUCCGUUGCGUUCCUUCGGAACGAUGUCACGGACGACGGGACAAUCUCCGCGUUGAUCCAGCUUCUGCAAAGAUUGCCGAUGCUUCUCUCACUCACCUUCUCCACGGUCUACCCACCCCAAGCCCCGCUAGUUCUCAGCGCCGUCGAGAACAAUACAUUCUACGAUAUUCGCGAGCUGGCGAUUGGCAACCAUGAGCUCGGCACACCCGGCUUCUUCCGCGCCUUUCCGAAUGUCGAUAAGCUUCGUAUCCCUUGGGGACGAAUGCGGGCGGUGAUCUGUCUUGAGAGUGCAGGAAUGGGCAUGCAUAACUUGACGUGGUUGUCGUUCAUCACGCUGGGUGAGCCUGUGGCUGCUGCCAUCGUCCAGCAUUGCCCCCGAGUGCAGAGAAUUGACUUCGCCCUCUGCCCCGACCGAGACCAACUCGUUGUCUUGCGACGAUUACCUGAGCUGAACUAUCUGUCCUUCAGAUUCGCCUCAUUCGAGGCAGCCAAAGCCCCUCCCUUCAUUUCUCUUUCGCAAGCAGUCCUCCGCGCAACGCAGGCAAUAGGACGGAAAGUCGUUCGGAUUGACUGGGUGACAAGCUACCAAGUGAACAUUAUCCAAUCUUCUGACUUCCACAUUGUAAAAGACAAACAACGCUCUAUUCGGUCAAACACAAAAAACGUAGCCCUACUCUGGGACAACAUACGGCUCCCCGACAAGGCUCCCGCGCUCACGCUUGCAUACUGA